UUUUUUAUGUGACGUGUGUAUUGUAAACAUUGAAAAAAUACUAAAAACUGCAAUAAAAAUUCCUGCUUACAUUAAUUAAUCUUGAAACCACAAUGGAUAAGCCGCUGUAUGAUAAUUCAACGAUGUUAAAAGCUGUAAUACUUAUAGGGGGACCUCAGAAAGGUACCCGCUUCAGGCCGCUGUCUCUAGACACACCAAAGCCUCUCUUCCCUAUAGCCGGCAUACCAUUGAUUCAGCACCACAUCGCUGCAUGCGUCAAGCUUCCUCAAGUCCGAGAGAUCCUCAUCAUUGGGUCGUACACUGCUGCGAACAUGGCUCAGUUUGUUGGAGACAUGCAUAGAGAGUAUUCCGUUGCUAUUAGAUACCUGCAAGAAUUUACCCCGCUAGGCACCGGAGGAGGGCUCUACCAUUUCCGAGACCAGAUCCGAGCAGGGAACCCAGCAGCAUUCUUCCUGCUGAAUGGGGAUGUGUGUGCUGACUUCCCGCUUAAACAGCUCUGGGAAUUCCAUAUGGAGAGGCCUAACUCACUGGUCACAAUCAUGGGCACAGAAGCGACCCGCCAGCAAUCCAUCCACUACGGUUGCAUGGUGCGAGAGUCCAGUACGAAAGCGGUCACUCACUACGUUGAAAAGCCGGCCUCUUACGUUUCGGCGCUGAUAAAUUGCGGCGUUUACGUGUGCGCGCCGAGGGUGUUCCAGACUAUGGCGAAGGCUUUGGAGAGGAAAGAGGCUGAUUAUUACAGUGGCAAUAAUCAGAGUACCCCCAACCCUGGAUAUAUGUCUUGGGAGCAGGAUGUGUUGGCACCCCUGGCUGGCACUAACACGCUUUAUGCUAUGCAGAUAACAAACUGGUGGUCCCAAGUAAAAACCCCCGGCUCCGCCAUAUACGCAAACCGUCACUACCUAGAGCUGCACAGGACACAGAGCGACACACACAACAACAACAUACUGCCUGAUGUGUUCGUGCACCCCACUGCCUGCGUCGACGACUCUGCUGUGAUCGGUCCUAACGUGUCCAUCGGAGCUGGAGUCACAAUAAAAGCGGGUGUUCGGAUCAAGGAGUCCAUUAUACUGAACAACGCCACCAUUAGCGAACAUUCGCUCGUCAUGUACUCUGUCGUGGGUCAAAACGCGAGCGUGGGCGAGUGGUCCCGAAUAGAAGGGACUCCCUCUGAUCCGGACCCCAACAAGCCGUUCGCUAAGAUGGAGAACCAAGCUCUAUUCAACGCAGACGGCAGGCUCAACCCCUCAAUCACUAUUCUAGGAGCCAGCGUAGUGGUACCAGCAGAGACUAUACUCCUGAACACAAUAGUGCUGCCCCACAAGCAUCUCACCAGGAGUUUCAAGCACGAGAUCAUCCUCUAAACACAUCGUAUAAUAUAUGUUAGUACAAUACACACAUUACCAACUAAACCAGGGUUUCUCAAACUGUGGGGCGCGCCCCCCUGAGGGGACGCAGCAACAUUAUAAAGAAGGCGCGGGACCGUAAACACAGUACAAUAAAGAGUACUAUCGUACAGCCUGGCCACUCCCGCUCCCCGCUGAAAGUGCCGCCCACCCCCUGACGGUUACCUCACAGUUACCGCCUGUCAAAAACGCAACCAGUCGACCUGUCAUAUCUCACUCAUACAAGCAUGGUACGCGUUCAAAUACACGAGCUUAGACUGUGUGCGUAGAAACGCACCUCUUUCAUAUAUUUGAUGUCCAUUGUCCGAGGUGUGCCGUGAGACAAUUCCACACAUCACUCAUUAACUGACUAAAUAAAUAGGCUAGUUUCCUAUACUUAAAAUAAAAUAUUUUAUGCAGUGCACGAAAUAAAGCACCACAUUAUUAGAAGUAAAAUAUGGACAGUAGUUAUGUUUAAACAUUUGUUUCUAUUUAAUAACUCAAAGAGAAAGAUAUAAAGUAAAUGAAUUGACCGUGACAUCACUCCUCAGUAUUUCAUAGUAAUUCCAUAUUAGGAAAUCGUUUUGACAGUUCUUUAAAUGAAGCUGAUUCGACUAGUGGGAAACUAGCCUAAUGGCGUGUACAUUUUUGAUGACAGGGGAUUGUGCUUAAAAGUUUGGGAACCCCUUUUUUUGACCGAGUGGGAAUGCAGAGUUUGGGAACCGCUGAACGUAACUAAUCUAGAACAACAUUUACUCGUAAAGGUAUCGACAAACAUCUAGAACAACUGUUACCCGCCCUAUGAUCGCUAAGGCUCAAAAUAAUAGUUUGAAAGUUCAGCCUUGCUCUGUCAUGUCAAGCUCUGGCUUAACGAAGAUGCGGAGGGCAAAGAGUGAACUAUGUACAGUCACCGACAUAAAUAAGUGAUGAUUUAUAUACCUUUAGUUAGUUUUUUUUAAAUUAAAUGGCUUCAGUCCUUUGGGACUAUUUUGCCAGUGUCAAGGUGAUAUGAGCUAUAAUAUUAAUUAGUGAUUUUGGUACGGUAAGUAAGACAGUGUACGGUGAAUUAGCACUUGCAAAUUGAUAGCCAGACAUAAAAAAUUUAGAGCACGUAGACUACCGGCCGAUAGUGUAUCGAUAUUACACUUUAAACAAUAAAAGAAAAAUGAAUUAUUUACGAGGCGAUACCACUAAGAUGCCGCUCGAACCGGAAGUCCAUUUAUAUACCUUGUUGAUACAUUAACGUCUUGUUUGAAAUGUCAUACGAAAUAGUCAAACGAUUAAAAGCGACAAGGUACAGAAAUCAUCACAUAUUUAUGACGGUGACUGUACCAGCUAUGGAGUAUAAAAAAGUUAAAAAGUACAGUGUGAUGGAGUUACAAAAUACACUUUUUGAACGCA